UGAAAAUGAAAAUAAUUUACAAUAUAAUUCGAUUUUUUUUUUUUUCGUGUUAGCUCAUAUAAUAACAUAAAAUCAUAAAAUCAUAAAAUCAUAAAAGAUAUACGGCUGAGAAAUGGCAAAGUAAAUCAUUUUUUGAGGACGGUUAAUUAAAUCUGCUUGUCAACAACCUGUUAUUUAUGUACUUACCAACUUACAUAAAACUUUGAUGGUGAUGCGAAGAGGUCUCUUUAUUUAAAAAUGUGAGCAUAGAAGAAAAGAUUAUUUUUUUUUUUAUUAAAAUAAUUUAUUUUUUGAAAAAUAAUGAUAUGCAUCCAUGAUAAGUGAAAAUAAAGAUUUAAGAUAAAUGAAAUAAUCCGUUACAAAAUAAACGGAUGAAAAGCGGAUAAGAAACAGAGGAACGAUUUAAAUAUAUUUUUGAAUCAUGCCAAUGCAACACUCAUCCGGAAUCGAUUAACCGCCAAAUCUCAAAGUUCAUGUGCACGUAAGUUGCUAAAACAAAACGGAAAAUUUAUACAUGAUAAAUUGUUCAACUUAAAAAUCAACUUCAACUUAUUAAAAAAAUGAAUUUCUUCUUCUCACACGUACAUACGUUUUUGGCUAGCAAAAUAUUCAAAAUCCAUUCUAUUUUAUUGCUUUCUCUUAUCGAAACGAUCAUUUCUUACUUUUGCACGACAAACAAUAUAUUUUAUAUAAAGAUUUGGAUGAAUUUGAUGAAUAUAAAUAAAUAAUCGUAAUUGUAUAUUUUCUCGCUUAUAGACGCUUCUGUGAGAAUAAGUAAAGCGGAAGAUGAACGGGCAAAGCGAAUACUCAUCAUAUAAGGCUCGUUUCUGGAAUAAGGUGUCAGUUGGAAAGUGCGAGCUCUCGUACAAAGAACGAGAAACGGAACGUCUUGAUCUAAAGCUAUCGAUAUGAAGUUGCGUUCUCUCUUCCUCCUCACUAUCCUCCUUUCCGGUGAGUUUCACGAGUUUCAUUUCGUCUUAUAAUUACCAAUAUUAAUUCAAAUUUCAAUUGAAACUUCGAAAAGUUCCAAAUCUAUAUUUCGAUAUCCCGAAAUGAUAUUAAAACUAUUGAACUAUUGAACUACUUUGAGUAACGGUAAAUAAUAUUUACACACUUUCUUUUUUCUCGACGAAAAUAAACGUGUAUAUAAUCAAGAGAGUAACGAGAUUUUUCUUGCUUGGAACUCGAUUACUUCGUACGAAUUAUUUUUAUUUUUAAAAACAGUCGUGAAAGUUUUAUAGAGCGUUAGAGUUGGCUAGUCUCUUGUUUCGUCGCAAAUUUGGAACAAUACGCAAUACUCGUUGCGUUCUAUAUAUCCAUCAUCCAAACGUAUUUAUAAGCUCGCGGAGAAAAAUAUCGUUACGGAGAUACAAGUUAUUCCUGGCGUGUACACGAGGCUUGAUUCAAUUUCCGUAUUAUUUCAGGCGACGCGUCACGGGGGAACGAGAAAUCGGAAGACACACCGUGCAUCCACGAUAACAAGUUCUAUCGUAAUCCGAACGCGCCGGCACAUAACGUUUGGUCGCCUAUCGAGUGUGCCAAGUAUUAUCUUUGCUUGGGUAAUUUGUCCCGAUUACGUUCCAUCAAUACGCCUCGAGAAUAAUUUUUCAACCAAGCUCCUCAACACCAUCCUUUUCGACAGACGACGAGGUGUUCGAGUUCAGAUGCUCCCAGGGAUUGUUGUUCGAUGUUUCCAGGCAGGUGUGCGAUUUCAAAGCGAACGUCAACAACUGCGACGUGAUGUCAGCGUUUUACAGAGACGCGACCGCCCAGACCGCUUCUCGAGCACGGUGAUUGCAAUGAGAAACAUUUGGCUUGCGGCGACGGUACCUGUUUCCCGGCCGCAUACUUUUGCGACGGAAGUGUCGACUGUCCCGAUGGCUCCGACGAAGGCGGCUGGUGCAGUAAGAAGAAACGUAUUCGUUAUUCAUAUUCGAAACGAUCCGAACGGGGCGUUACCUUGUGAUCCGAAGGAGUGCCAUUUACCGAAUUGCUGGUGUUCCAAGGACGGGACGACGAUUCCUGGUAAUUUGACGGUGUCGACGGUGCCCCAGAUGAUAUCCAUCACCUUCGACGAUGCAGUGAACGCGGAAAAUUUCGAACUUUUCUCCAAAAUUUUCUCAAACGAUAGGAAAAAUCCAAACGGUUGCCCCGUUCGAGGAACUUUCUACGUCAGUCAUCAGUACACGAAUUACAGAGACGUUCAAUAUCUGUGGAAUAUAGGGCACGAAAUCGCCGUCCAUUCCGUCACGCAUAGGGGACCGGAGGAAUGGUGGUCGAGGAAUGCUACCAUCGAGGAUUGGUUCGACGAAAUGGUUGGCUUGGCGAAUAUUAUUAACAAAUAUGCUGCGGUUCGUUUAGAGGACAUUAAAGGUUUAAGAGCGCCCUUUUUACGAAUCGGAUGGAAUCGACAAUUUCUAAUGAUGUCUGAAUUUGGAUUUGUAUACGAUUCGUCCAUAUUGGCUCCAUUUUCCGAUGUGCCAGUGUGGCCUUAUACACUGGACUAUAAACCACCGUACAGUUGCGUAGAUUUGGAACAAUUUUGCCCAACUCGUGCGUAUCCAGGUUUAUGGGAACUUCCGUUAAAUCAACUUUUAGCAGGCCAAUACACUUGUACGAGGAUGGAUUCGUGUCCUUCAGAUUUAUCGGGUGAAGAGAUAUAUAAAAUAUUGAUGCUGAAUUUUAAAAGGCAUUAUCUUAGUAAUCGUGCGCCUCUAGGUUUGCAUUUACACGCAUCAUGGUUUCAAAAUCCAUCGUAUUUUUACGCGUUUACGAAAUUCAUGGACGACGUGUUACGAUUAAGCGACGUCUAUUUCGUAACGAGUUAUCAGGUAAUCGAAUGGAUGCGUAAACCAACAUCCUUAAAUGGAAUCGAAACAUUCAAGCCUUGGCAAUGCAAUUUGCGUAAAUUCCAUCCGUUUGAAUUGGCUUGCGAUUUGCCGAGCAGUUGUAAAUUACCGAGUAAAGUUCUUAAAUCGUAUCGUUAUCUACAUACGUGUUUCGAGUGUCCUAAAGAAUAUCCUUGGUUGAGAAAUGAAUUUGGGAUGGAAUGAUGCGUGCGAUUUCGCACGA